CUUUUGGAACAGCUGAGUACGAACAAGCUUCAUUCUGCUGUGAAGCUUUGACGACGCUGGCAGUUGUCUCGCUUGAAGCUUGUUGUUGUGUUGUGUCGUGUUUCCAUUGUGAGACAAUGUCACGCCUAAUUGCCAGCGCCCGAGGCCUGUUCAGACGCCAUCCCUUUGUGACCAACAGCGCCAUCUAUGGCAGCCUUUACGUGGGUGCGGAGUACUCACAGCAAUAUGUCUCCAAGCGCUGGCUGCCGGCGCCAAAGGAGCGUGAGGAUAUCGAUUAUACAACUGUUGGACGAUAUGCGGUAAUGGGCACCGCAAUCUAUGCCCCAACACUCUAUGCUUGGUACAAAUGGCUGGAUGGCACUUUUCCUGGCACACUUAAGAAAACUAUUCUGAAAAAGUUGCUGCUGGAUCAGUUUAUAUUGACACCAUAUUGUCUGACGAUAUUUUAUGCUGGCAUGUCUCUUAUGGAGGGCUCUGACGAUAUUUUUCUUGAACUGCGCGAAAAAUUCCUACCGACUUUUCAACGUUCUUGCAUCUUCUGGCUGCCUGCACAGGCUUUGAACUUUUUGUUUAUCGCGCCACGUUUUCGUAUUAUCUAUAUGGGUGUCUGUGGUAUGAUCUGGGUCAAUAUUUUGUGUUGGAUAAAGCGUCAGAGUCUGACCACUGAAGUAGCAACUGAAAUUGCAACAGUGGCAACACCAAUACCAACAGCAUCAACGACAACAACGACAACAAUAAUCAGUAAUGUCAAGGCGUGAUUAAAUUAGAUAGUAGCUUAACACAUGCAUAUAUAUGUAUAUUUGAUAUAGUUCAACGAAGCUUUUUGCCAAAUAAAUACAUUCCAGAUACUGGAUGCGAGAUUUACGCAUACAAACA